AUGUUCGAUCAAGAUAUGUUGGAAACUCGGACUGGCGUUGUUGAUAUUCCAGACGAGGAAAGUGAAACUCUGCAACCAUUUUUAGUGUUUCUGUAUACGGACACGAUCACCAAUACUGAUUAUGAGAAAUUGUUGAAACUGAUAUUAGUGGCUGAUAAAUAUCAAGUGGAAAAUCUUAAAGAACGGUGCUCACAAAUGUUGAUUACUAAAAUGUCCGUGGAAAACAUUUGUGAAAUAGUUUCUUUUGCUGACAUGUUCAAUCAACCAAAUGUGAAACUAUUUGCAAUUAGUUUUAUAAAAGCAAACAAAAAAGAAAUAAUGUCGUCACUUAUUUGGUCAGAAUGGAUGGAAAAGAAUACGAAAUUGGCUAAUGAAAUUUUAUCGAAAAUGAUAAUUGAUUAA